AUGGCUUACUCCGAAAAGAUCUCCCAGGCAAUUGCCGAGGGAGCAAAGCUCUAUGCUAUCAAGCAAUUUGAUGAAGCGGCUACCAAGUACGCUGAUGCUUGCGCUGCUUAUAACGAGGAGCACGAUGAGGAUGAUGCUGACUUGCUUCUUUUGUAUGGCAAGGCUCUUUUCCAAAGUGCCGUGACCAGAUCUGGAAUGCUUGGUGGUAUCGGGGAAAACGAUGAAGAAGAAAAUGCAGAUGAAGAAAAGGAGGAAAAUGAAGAGGGAAAUUUUCAUUUUGAGGAUGGUAUUGCCCAGGAAGUUGAUGACGAUGAGAACGCGCAGAAAGAAGAAGACGAAGAAGAAGAGGAAGCUGCCGAUCAAGACGAGGAUAAAGAAAAUCAAGAUAAUGAGGAGCAGCAAGAAGCUGGUCCUGAGCAAUCUGACUUUGAAGUUGCGUGGGAAAUUUUAGAAUUGACAAGAUCGCUUCUAGACAAGAGGCUAGAAGGCCAGUCAGCUGAAGGGGUUGAGAAGCCAUACUUGAAAAACGCGGAUGAAAUACCCUCUUCAGAGUAUGUCAGCAACAUCAAGAAACUAUCUGAAGUGUAUGAUCUUUUGGGAGAAGUCUCCCUCGAGGCUGAGAAUUUCGCUCAGGCUGCAACUGACUUGCACAGGUGCCUUGAAUUGCGUCAACAACUAUACCCCAAGGACAGUGGCUUGGUUUCUGAAUGUCACUACAAGCUCUCAUUGGCACUUGAGUUCAGUCUUACCGACAACCUGAGAGAGGAAGCUACAGAGCAAAUGAAACUCGCUAUCGAAAGUGUGAAGUUGAGAAACUCAAAAGAGUCUGAUGAGGAAAAGAAGAAGGACAAUGACAACUUGUUGCGUGACAUGGACGAACGAUACAAAGAGCUUAAAAAAAGUCCCAAACCUGAUCUCAAGGCCGAGCAGAUGGAUAUCAUCAAAGGCAUUAUGGGAGAAGCUGUCUCGUCUACGCAGGGCAGUAGUAGUAGCAAAGCAGUGCAAGAUCUCUCGAACAUGGUAAAAAGAAAACCUGUUGUGAACGACUUGUCUUCUAUGGUAAAGAAAAGAAAAGCUCCUUCAGAUUCGGCCGAUCUGAAAAAACCUAAGAAGGAAUAG